UUUUUUCUUAAAAAAAAAAUCUUCAACAAUAUAUAUUGAUAUAUUUUUUGGUUCAACACCAAAGAAACUAACAUUAUGUCUACUACUACAAACACAUCUUCUACAACAAAGAAAGCAACUCAGCUUGAAAUUACACCCCGAGUCUAUUAUGAAUAUUAUAUGACGACGAAGCCAAGUUAUGACCUUUACCCUAGUCUUUCUCGUCGUUUAAAUAAUGGAUAUGUACAUCAGCCUAUAAAAAGCCCAAAGAAGCAGACAGACUUUAUUGUUCUGAAAGCUUCUUCGGUCCAUCGAGAAAUCAUGAAUGAUCCCUUAUGGCAAGCUACUCAACAAGAACAAAAUCCGUCUUGGGACCUCUAUCCUGCUAUACUACGGAAUGUAACAAAAAAAAAAAAGGAUACAUAAUGUAUUUUUUUUUCUUUACUAAUUUAUAUAUUCUUGCAUCGUUUCAGGUUGAAAAUUUUGGUACUGAACAAAUGAGACAGAGACUACAUAGGAUGGAAGCUACAUUACAAUAAAACCAAAACAUCAUAUAUGAAAUAAAUAAAUGUAUAUUUUACUUUUAUCCAUAUAUGUAUAUGUAUAUGACUCUAUGCUGCACACAUGAUGGCAUACUGCAUACAAUAAACAUGUGGUACAUCUGAGUUAUUAGAUAAGCAUUUAUCAUACAAAGAUGUUAAAAUAAAAGGAGAAAACACA